AUGACCAAAGUUGGGCCAGCGAGCGAUCAAAUGAACGAGGCCUCAACAUCGAAAUUUGCCACCAAAAAAGGCAUCGAGUCGCUGGUGGCGUGCGUCGCAAAGAUUUUCGGCACAGUCACCCGCAAAUGGGAUCGACGGCCGUCGAGAUGUUCGAGCGAUGAGAGUAUCGAGAGCGGCAUCACGACACCGAGAGCAUUCAAUAUUCCUACCUACAAUCAAUCGUCGACGAGAAAACUGGCGUUCGGCACGCCGGCGACCGACGAGCGCAAGCCGCUCAACGACUUCUACAACAACACGACGCUCACGAAUGUCUCGAAGCUUUUCUGCGCCGUCGUGCUCAUCACCGCGUUUUUGCUCGUCAUGUCGCGCAGUUUGCAAUUCGUCUAUGAUUUUCCCAAUUCGUCAUCAAUCAACGAUCUCAAUUAUAUUAAUAUUAAUCACGAGAAUUUUCGAAUUAACGACACCGACUUUUAUCAAGAAGGUUUACUCAUUUGA